AUGUCGCGGCGUCCCACACUCCGGCUGGGACUCGACCGCGAUGUGUACAACAUCGUGCUCAACCUCGAGCAACAGGGGACAGACGAAAACGGAAAACGCCCGCGCCUGACUGUUGACUAUGUCUACGACACGAUCAAGCGCUCGAACUCAAGCCUCGCGCGCCAGAAGAAGCGCAUGCUGGAGGACUCCAUCGAGCGGGUGCUGGCCGUCCGCAAGGAACAGGCCAAAGCCGAAGAAGAAACCGACUCAGACGACCUGAUCGAGGCUCAGGAGCGCGAGCGCGAGCGCCAGAAAGCUGCGCAGGCACAGCGCGACGCUAAUCUGCUGAACCGCCAGAUUGCGAAAUCGUGGGGGUUUGCUUCAUCACCGGGGGCCAAGGCGGCCGACGGGGAGAAGGGCACCGACACCGGCUCGAUUGCGACACCUGCUCCUGCCACUCCAGCUGUGGCAGAAAACAUGGCUGCUGAUACCCCCACCACUUCUACAGGGCCAGUCCUUCCUGCCAGCAGCACCGACAGACAGCCCAACGGCGAGCCGCGGCCGAAGAAGCGCAAGGCGGCGCCGAAGGAGAUCGACCGGACGCCACCGACUAAGGUGUCCAUCUUGGACAUUGCUGGUGUGGAUGACACGCUGCAACGGCUGCUGAAGGAGGUGUGGUUCCCGUUACGCGGUGGAGAGGCUUGCGAGAAGAUGGGCUACCGCUACGACAAUGGCGUGUUGCUGCAUGGUCCUUCGGGCUGCGGCAAGACGACUCUGGCACACGCGAUUGCGGGCAGCAUCGGCGUGGCCUUCAUUCCAGUGUCAGCCCCGAGCGUUAUCGGUGGGACGUCAGGCGAGUCGGAGAAGAACAUCCGCGAUGUGUUCGACGAAGCCAUCAGACUCGCCCCUUGCCUGAUCUUCCUGGACGAGAUCGACGCCAUUGCCGGCCGUCGCGAGAGCGCCAACAAGGGCAUGGAGAGUCGUAUCGUCGCCGAGAUCAUGAAUGGCAUGGACCGCAUCCGGCAGAACACGCCACUGGGGAAGAACGUGGUUGUCCUCGCUGCCACCAACCGUCCGGAAUUCCUAGACCCGGCUAUCCGUCGCCGCUUUAGCGUCGAGAUUGACAUGGGCAUGCCGAGCGAACGUGCUCGUGAGCAGAUUUUGCGUUCCCUUACUCGCGAUCUGUCGCUCGCCGACGACAUCAACUUCAAGGAGCUGGCGAAGAUGACUCCGGGCUAUGUCGGCAGCGAUCUGCAGUAUGUAGUCAAAGCUGCAGUCUCGGAAUCCUUCCAAGCCAACAUCGACUCGCUUCUUGCCCAAGCGCGUGCUAAGCACCCAGCCGACCACUUGGCCAAUGUUUCUCAGCCCCAGCGCGACUGGCUCCUGCUCGAGGCUCACCGCGACGAAGAGGUCUCAUGGCCCUCGACCAAGAUUACCAUGGAGCAGUUCCGCAAGGCUGUCUCCCUGGUUCAGCCGGCCUCCAAGCGCGAGGGCUUCAGCACAAUCCCCGACACGACCUGGUCGCACGUCGGCGCGCUGGAGGAUGUGCGCAAGAAGCUCGAGAUGUCAAUCAUCGGCCCCAUCAAAAAUCCAGAACUCUUCACCCGCGUCGGCAUUAAGCCGGCAGCGGGUAUCCUCCUGUGGGGCCCCCCCGGCUGCGGCAAAACCCUCGUAGCCAAGGCGGUCGCCAACGAGUCUAAGGCCAACUUUAUUUCCAUCAAAGGCCCCGAGCUUCUCAACAAGUACGUGGGCGAGUCGGAGCGGGCUGUGCGCCAACUCUUCUCGCGCGCCAAGUCUUCUGCCCCGUGUAUCCUCUUCUUCGAUGAGAUGGAUGCGCUGGUGCCGCGGCGUGAUGACUCGCUCUCGGAUGCGAGCGCACGCGUGGUUAACACGCUGCUUACGGAGCUAGAUGGUGUGGGUGAUCGUAGCGGUAUCUACGUCAUUGGCGCGACAAACAGGCCAGACAUGAUCGACGAGGCUAUUCGUCGCCCUGGUCGGUUGGGCACGUCGAUCUAUGUUGGCCUCCCAUCAGCCGAGGACAGGGUGAAGAUUCUGAAGACCUUGUACCGCAAUACGGUCAAGGCACCCAAAAAGAGGGAGGGCACAAACGGAGAGGAUGUGGAUAUGACCGAUGCUGCCGCUGAGCAACAGCACCAAGGGACCACGGAUGCCGACCUGGAGAAGGUGGCCUUGGAUCUGCGCUGCACUGGCUUCUCCGGCGCUGAUCUAGGUAACUUAAUGCAGGCGGCGGCUCAGGCCUGCUUGGAGAGAGUGUAUACGCAGAGACAGCAGAAGCGCAAGGAGGGCGGCAGCGUUGCAGAGGAGGAAGAGAUCGAGCCGGUCAUUACAAUGGAGGACUGGGAGAAGGCGCUUAACGAGGUCAAGCCGAGUGUCAAGGAUCCGGAAAAGUACAUGCAUAGCGGGUUUUAG